CGUGACCGCCGGGUGCCGUUCACAGAGCCAGACAUGAGGCCCCAGUUCAGGGUGCCCCUGGACUGUGGGGCCCCUUUCUGGGCACAGGUCCUGCUGCUGACACUGGGACUGGGUGACGUCCAGGCUGGGGCCCACAGAGGCUUGGACGCUGGCUUUUGGGAGAGGUACUUUGAGCAGUUUAUGGACCAUUUCAACUUUGCGAGGUUUGGCAACAAGACCUUUUACCAGCGGGUGCUGGUGUCAGACAAGUUCUGGCGAAGGGGCGAGGGGCCCAUCUUCUUCUACACGGGGAACGAGGUGGACGUGUGGACUCUGGCCAACAACACAGGCUUUGUGGUGGAGCUGGCAGCCCAGCAAGGCGCCCUGCUCAUCUUUGCGGAGCAUCGCUACUACGGGAAGUCGCUCCCGUUUGGGGAGAAGUCCAUGCAGCCCGGGUACACCGAGCUGCUGACCGUGGAGCAGGCGCUGGCCGACUAUGCCGUGCUGAUCCAGACCCUGCGGCAGAAACUAGGAGCACAGGGUGGCCCUGUCAUCACCUUUGGAGGGAGCUACGGGGGGAUGCUCAGCGCCUACAUGAGGAUGAAGUACCCCCACCUGGUGGCAGGGGCGCUGGCAGCCAGCGCACCCGUCCUGGCUGUCGCGGGCCUUGGUACCUCCAACCAGUUCUUCCGGGACGUCACAGCGACCUUCCACAGCCAGAGUCCAAGGUGUGUCCAGGGCGUGCGGGAGGCCUUCCAGCAGAUCAGGGACCUGUUCCUACAGGGAGCCUCCCUCUGCCCCUUCCCUGUAGCCCGUGACAGGGUCAGCCAGGAGUUUGGCACCUGCCAGCCACUCUUGGACACAAAGGACCUGACUCAGCUCUUUGUGUUUGCACGCAACGCCUUCACUCUGCUGGCCAUGAUGGACUACCCGUACCCCACUGACUUCAUGGGGUACCUGCCUGCCAACCCUGUCAAGGUUGGCUGUGCCCGGCUGCUGAGGGAGGCCCAGAGGAUCGUGGGUCUGCGGGCACUGACAGGGCUGGUCUACAACUCCUCGGGCACAGCGCACUGCUAUGACAUCUACCAGCUGUACCACAGCUGUGCGGACCCCACUGGCUGUGGCACUGGCCCUGAUGCCAUGGCCUGGGACUAUCAGGCCUGCACCGAGAUCAACCUGACCUUUGACAGCAACAACGUGACGGACAUGUUCCCUGCCCUUCCGUUCACCGCCACGCUCCGCCAACAGUACUGCCUGAAUAAGUGGGGCGUGUGGCCUCGGCCGGACUGGCUGCAGACCAGCUUCUGGGGCGGUGACCUCAGAGCCACCAGCAACAUCAUCUUCUCCAAUGGUGACCUAGACCCCUGGGCAGGGGGCGGGAUUCUGAGGAACGUGAGCGCGUCGGUCAUUGCUGUCACCAUCCACGGGGGAGCACACCACCUAGACCUCAGGGCAUCCCACCCACAAGACCCCAACUCGGUCCUGGAGGUGCGCAGGCUGGAGGCUGCUCUCAUCCUCGAGUGGGCGAAGGCAGCCCGGAGUAGGCAGCAGUGUCCUGGACACCCUGAGGAGUGAGGAGCUGCUGGCCGCCCGUCCUGCCCUGGACACACUGUUUAGGUCCACUGUGUGGCUGGGGCAUUGUGGGGACCUCAAGCAAAGGGGCUGGGUGUGUCCCUGGAGGCUGGGCAGGAGCCCCCUGCCCAGCGCCUGCUGAAGCUGCAGAAUGUUCAAUAAAGCACAGACUUGACUCCAA